AUGUCGCAAUCUCCCAAGUCUCCUGCCAGCGUUAACGAACCUGUCAACCCUCCCACUGAGGACAGCCGUGAUCUCGCUAUGCAAUUUGCCCAACAGCUUUCUGUUGCUGGCAGUGGUGCCAACACCCCCAAGGUUUCUCCUUCAGUCGCCAAGGACUAUGCCUUGUUGCGUGAUCCCUCUUACCACAACAAGCGUGUUGAAGCUAUCCGCCAAAAGAAGGGUUACAUUAUCGAUAUGGAUGGUGUCAUCUAUCACGGCACCAAACUCUUGCCUGGUGCAAAGGAGCUCGUCGACUUUUUGCAUCGCAACAACAAGCGUUUCCUUUUCCUUACCAACAACUCUGCUCCUACUCCUCGUGAGCUUCAGCAAAAGUUGCAUCGUUUGGGUAUUGAUGUUACUGAGGAUCACUUUUUCACUGCUGGUCAGGCCACUGCUGAAUUCCUCAAGACCCAAAUGCCCGAAGGUGGUACCGUUUAUACCAUUGGUGAGCCUGGUCUUGCCUAUGCCUUGUAUGAUAAGGGCUUCUUCAUGAACGACCACAACCCCGAUUACGUUGUCCUUGGUGAAGGCUCUACCUACAACUACGAAAACCUUACCAAGGCUGUUCAACUUGUCCAAAAGGGCUCCAAGCUUGUUGCCACCAACUUGGAUGUUGAGAACCUUGAUUCCAAGGGUAACAAGAUUCCUUCUUGUGGUGCCUUUGCUGCUUGUGUUGAAGUGAUUACCAAGACCAAGGCCUUCUACUGUGGCAAGCCAUCUGCAUUGAUCAUGCGUUAUGCCCAACGUGUCUUGGGUCUUAGCCGUGCCGAGACUUGUAUCAUUGGUGACCGUAUGGACACUGACAUUGCUGCUGGUAUCAGCUCUGAGAUUGAUCCUGUUCUUGUGCUCUCUGGUGUCACUGCUAUGGAAGACUUGUCUCAAUUCGCCUACCGUCCCUAUGUGAUUUUGGGUGGUGUGUAUGAAAUCCCCAGCGAUGACAAGAAGCAUACCAUUUCUCCUGAUGAGAUGGAAGAUGCUAGCCGCCGUGCUUCCUUUCUGUAA